UUUCGGGAGGAAGGCGGAAGCCAUGGCGGCGGCGGAGGCUGAGUGGGAGCCGGCGGGGCUGCUGCCGGUCCCGGGGGGCGGCCUCGACUGGGAGGCGGUGCUGGGCGAGGAGCUGAGCGAGCUGCUGGGCGCCGCGGAGCAGCGGCGGGCCCCGAGGGACGAGCCCGAGGAAAAUGAUCUCUAUAACUUUCAGUUUGAUUUGGAUUUGAUGUCUUGGGACUCGGAUCUUUGGAAUCUUACAGGCCAUGCUUAUGAAGAUGAAAGCGUGAAGACAGAACCCUUAUCACCAGCUACUUCAAAUUGUUCGGUCCCUUCUCCGUCAUCUGUGGACUCUCCAGUGCAGAAUGUGCCUGAUGAUGGGGACUUCAGCUGUAGCUCCCAGAUGUCUCCCAUCUCUCUCUACAGCAAGAGUUGCAGAAGCCCUGCAUCCCCUGAAGGAGAUGGAGGGAAGAAGCCUGUUGUCGGCAUCGCCUCGCGGUCUGCAAAUAAUUCUGCGAGGACCCUGAAGAGGUGUGGUCAGACAGCGUCCAGGCCUCUGAUACAACCCAAACCCCUCUUGCCUGCUGUACCUGAAGCUCAGGCUAACAUUGGCAUCCCAGCUAAAACCAUCAUUAUUCAGACUCUUCCCACCCUUGUGCCACUGCCAAAGCAUCAGCCGGUUGUCAACAUCCAGCCAGCACCUCCUAAAGGUCAAUCAGUGGUGCUCCCCCAGCCUGCUGUGGUACAGCUCCAGGCUUCUGGGGUGCUCCCUGCCUCCCAGCCAGUCCUUGCUGUCACCGGAGGGACCACGCCACUUCACAAUCCUGCGGUCAACGCGUUGCCUCCAGCUGCUGGAAAUGGCUCAACAGGCGGCAAAAUACCAGUGACUAAGCCCUUGCUUCAAAGCACCACAGCAGCGAUGGGGCUGGAUGUCAAUGUCUUGAGAAGGCAGCAACGCAUGAUCAAAAACCGGGAGUCAGCCUUUCAGUCACGGAAGAAAAAGAAAGAAUACAUGUUGGGACUGGAGGCAAGGCUGGAGGCAGCCUUAUUGGAGAAUGAGAAACUCAAGAAAGAAAACAGCACGCUGAAGAGGCAGCUGGAUGAAGUAGUAUUAGAGAACCAGAAGCUCAAGGUAUCAUCUCCAAAGAGAAGGACCCUGUGUGUGAUGGUGAUACUGGCUUUCAUAAUGUUGAAUUAUGGUCCAUUGAGUGUAUUUGAAAAGGAUCCCAAUGGAGUUGAUUCCACUGCGAGUUCCAGCCACCGGACCAGAAAUCUUCUGGAGUUCUCAGCCAACCAGGAGUCCAGCACAGCUCAGAAAAUACCUGGGGACAUCAUUCCUGAAAACAGGUAUGAUCGUUCUGUAUCUGAUAACAAAGCACUGAUGAUAGUCUCGGAAGAACCACUAUUAUAUAUUUCACCACCACCCCCCCCUUGUCAGCCCCUGAUCAACCGAACAGAGUCGCUGAGGCUGAAUCACGAACUUCGAGGAUGGGUUCAUAGACAUGAAGUGGAACGAACAAGAUCCAGAAGGUUGUCAAAUAACCAACAGCAAAAAGCACGGGUUAUGCAGAGUUCCCUCAGUGAGAAGGCAGAUUCCCAGCUAAUGGCCAUGCCUUACACAGACACAAGCCUCAGCAGGAACUCAGGGAAUGAGCUGCAAGUGUACUAUGCCUCUCCAAGGAGCUACCAAGAUUUUUUUGAAGCUAUUCGCAGAAGGGAAGAUACAUUCUACGUUGUGUCAUUUCGCAGAGACCACCUUUUAUUGCCAGCCACUACACAUAACAAGACCAGGAGACCGAAGAUGUCUAUAGUGUUGCCAGCUGUAAACAUCAAUGAAAAUGUGAUCAAUGGGCAAGACUACGAGGUGAUGAUGCAGAUCGAUUGCGAAGUGAUGGACACCAGGAUCCUCCACAUCAAAAGCUCCUCUGUCCCUCCGUACCUCCGAGAGCAGCGCAGAAAUCACACCAACACCUUCUACAGCGCGUCUCCCUCCGUCCCGGAGACCCCCCAUGCCCUGAGGGCUAUUGUCAAGUCCCUGCAGUAGCUCCUGCGCCGGAGCCCGUGCACCCGGGAUGCAGCAGGUCCUGCAGCCAGAGACUGAGCCCCUUCCCUGGGGGCCCCUGGGGCUCCUGGCACAUUGGCACAGCAAGGGCAGACCCUGCUUCUCCUGUUCCUGUGCCUGACCCUACCCAACAGCCACAUCCUGCCCAGGGUUUAUACAGCUCAGCUGUCCCCUCGCCGGGGACAGGCCAGGGGGACCCACGCAGCGUGCCAUGCCCGGUGCUGGGGGUGGGGGUGAUGCACGCUGCUGCAGUCUAGGUGUUGGCAUCAGCAUCUGGUGUCUGGGGUUGGCACUGGAGGGGCACGGGCCAUCCUUGCUACUUAUGCACUGUCCAAAAUUGUGGGGUUGAGGUUUUGGGUUUGGUUGGUUUUUUGUUUGUUUGUUUUUUCCCCAUUAGACCAUCUCCUGAGGUGGGGUGCUGAGCACUGGGGUCCUGCCUAGAGACACUGCUGCACUGUCUUGUGCUUGUGCUCAAGAUCAAGCUUCUCUCCCCACAGGGCAUUCGGGGCAGGAGGAGAAGCGGUGCCCAGAUCUGAGCUGUGAGUGCAGGGAGAACCACAGCCUUGCACCCCACGCCGGGCGUACCACCUGCACCCCAGGAGCAGAAGUGUCCCUUCUCUGCUGGAAUGGCUGUGCUGGGCCUGGUGACAGCCCUGCUCCUCCUCAUCACCCCCAUGCACACCACACACCCGCCCCACAGUCCUUCCCCAGGUGCUCUCCCUCACCGGGAAGCGGUGGCCUGCAGUGGGGUGGUGGGACCCCACACUUACAGACAAAGCACUACGAGCAGAACGUCCCUCAAAGCCACCAAGCGUGGUCUCCAUGAGGGGCAGAAGCCCCUCACCUGUGUGUGCUCACCUGCAAACUGCUGCUGACGACCCCAGCCCACACAGCUGUGUGGCAUAAGGCUGGGGCUCGGCCCAAGGGUGGUGAUUUAAUGUGGCACAUGCAUUUGUAAAGACUGUACUGCCAUUGUUGGUUUAUUUUUCCUUUUCCCCCUGUUUUUUGUUUGUUUGUUUGUUGGGUUUUUUUUUUUUGUUUGUGGGAUAUUUAAUGCUUUUCCCAGCUAACAGCCUACAGAGUGGCACUGGCACUUGUGGGGCAGAAGAGCUGCUUCAGUUUGGUGGGACACAGCCACAGCUCCUUCCUCCUGAAACACACACACACACACACACACGCAUAGAGGUGCACACUCACACCCACACACCCCUCCUCUGCCUUGUCAGCGCUGACAGCCACCCAUCGAGCUCAGGGCAGCCUGCCAUCUGCCCCCAAGCCCUGAGCUGCCAGACAGGGCUCUUGCUGCAAGCGGUGGCCGUCACAGAGCCGGCUGCCGAGCUCUCUUAACCCUUCCCAAAUUUGUCAGCCAGGGCCGGGGCCGGGGCCGGAGCGGGGCGGAGGGGCUGCGGCGCUGGGAUGAGACGCCAGCACAGCAUUGCCCUUUCCUAAUGACUUCAGCAUGUUACAUUAGUAGUAUUUUUUAUUUUUUUUCCCCUUAGCAGUUAGCACAGAAGAUGAUGGGCUUCCUUGUGCCAGCCCCGCUGCUUGGCCUCCAUUGUCUGCCCCGCUGACUGACUGACUGACGUGCUUUUAUUAUUAUUAUUUUUUGUGUGUGUGUGCGCGUGUUAGGAAAUAAAAAUCCUGCAGCAAGACAAACAGCUCGGGGGAGGUGAGGAGGAGGCUGAGGAGCAGUACACCCCUGUGAAGUAUGUGCCUUGCAACACUAUGGAAAAGUUUUUUGCCCUUUGCCACGUAGUCAGCGCAGGCCCCCCGUCCCCUCGGCGCUGGCUGCUGGGAAGCGGCCGGGCUCGGCGAGGGGUUUGGCUGCGCUCCUCGCACCAGUGCUGUUUUCCUGGCCCCGGCCCCACCUGACCGAGGGCCAGCUCACACAAUACUCAAAAAAUAAAAACCCCGGCGGUGCCCCAGCCAGAGGCACGCAGCUCCCCCGCAGCCCCGGGCAGGGGGGGCAUGGAAGGGACCUGGGGGUGGGGGCUGAGCUUGGCACAGCCCGGCACCUUGGAAAGGGUGGCUUCUGGGGGCACGGGGACUGUCCUCAGCCAGCACCCGUGGGCUCCGGUGGUGGAGAGCACCUCUUCUCCUGUGUAGUUCUGUUCUCUGUGUCCCUAGCACUGAAGGCAAUAAAAUGGUUCUUUUAUUUAUUAUUA